AUGCAGGCGUAUGGUAUUAUGGAUGAUGCUUUGGAUAUCAACAAAUUGGUCGUGGAGCUGUCGGAUCUCGAAGUCGCGCUCCUUCUUUGUUUUGCGGUGCGCGAGCAUUGUCGUAUCGAUACCACGGCGGAUAACAUCCAUGACGUUGCCAAAGAGCUGGCACUGAUAUGCACCAACACGUUCAAUCGUACCUAUGCGAUCCUCGAUUGCUUUGAAACCACGUCGUUUGAUGAGUUCUGCACCUACAUAAUUCCAGCAAACGCUCGCAGAAGACCAGCUACAACUAGAACCGCAGUCGAGCACAAGGUGGUCGAUGUUGUGAUAGCCAAGAAUUUUAAUCAUAUCCAUGAGAGUCUUCAAGCUGAGGUGCUUGAGUUGAUGCGCUCAAAGAAGCUCGUUCUCAGAGAUACGGUGCUCCAGGCUCCAACAGAUUUUAUCUUCGUUCCGCUCCUAGUACGCGAUUCUGAACAGGAUCAACUGAGAUUGAAUCCUCAUCUGAAUGACCAUUUUAUAAUUUCUCAUUUUCACGACUCGGGAGACGGCUACGUGUAUCUAGAGGAUAACGAUGGCUGGCUUUCGGACAGCCAGAUGUCAGCUUCGUCCGUUGUGCGCAAGUCAGAUGCACCCCUGAAGAAGAAUCAACCAAGUAUCGACCAAAAAACUCUGGACAAAGUAGAACGAAGCAGCAACUGUGUUAUAGCGGGCGCUGAUAUCUGUCGCUAUCAGCAGGAUAUUGUUGUAUUUCUUCGUCUCAGCCGUGCAGUUGCAGGGGGUGUAUCUGUCCGUGCUACUGUUCAUUUCAGAGUUAUUUCAAGACUUCUUGCCACAUUACAUGGAAUCGAUUAUCUCACCCCGUCUAUAGUAGCCUUGGCUGCAAAGAAGGUCUUUCGGCAUCGAAUUGUUGUGGCCAAGCCGGAAGAUGACCGCAGCUUGCAGUAUGGAAGUGAUCUGAAGGCUGUUUCUCAAGUUCUUGCUUAUGCUACUCCAGAUACUAUCUUGGAAAGUGUACUCACUCUUGAGACUCCUGUCUGA